UUUCCACGUCCGAGAGUGUGGCACGUCGUGUGGGUGGAGUGCGCGUGAAAGACGACGACGGGAACCUUUCGUUUUUCGCGUUUUGUUUUUGUAUAUAUUUCAAACAAAAUACGUCUAUAAUUGUGUACAUAGUGUAGUUAAUUUACAAUAAUUCCUUAAUUUCAAUAAUCGCAACAAACGCUGGCCCGAUGUCAUGUAAUAGCCAAAAACCAAUAAAAAUACAAAAAACUCAUUCAUUAUAAAACGUGCAAAAAACGUGCGUCAGUGUGUGUGUGUGUGUAUGUGUGUGUUCAAGUGUGCUUGUGUGAGUGUGUGUGUGAGGCCCGCCUGCUCAGGACGAAUUUAAAUAGCUAAACAAUUAAAUUUAAGACCAUGCAUAAGGAAAAAGUUAUAAGUACACAAAAUGCAAAUAAAGCAAACAACAAAGAGCAUAAAAUAAAUGGAACAACUAAAGAAAGUAGUGAUAAAACAGUCAGCCUGCUGAACAAGAAGGAUGAUAGCGCCGAGUAUGACCUCGUGCCACCCGAUGGCGGCUGGGGUUGGCUAGUCCUCUUUGGCGCAUGCCUGACGAACAUACUCAUCCCGGGCACCAUUAAGAGCUUUGGUGUCCUAUUCAUUGAGUUCUUGCAGGCCUUCGAGACGACGCAAACGCAGGCCUCCUGGAUACCGGCAUUAUGCUAUUUCCUUUACAGUUCAUUGGGACCUGUCUCGAGUAUUCUGUCUGUUAAGUAUUCCUAUCGCACGGUAACUUUGAUCGGUGCGGUUUCCGCAUCGUUGGGCAUGAUACUAUCCUACUGGGCAUCGUCCGUUGGCUACUUGUACAUUAGCUAUGGCGUCUUGGUGGGCAUUGGUGCUGGUCUUUCCUUUCCGCCCACUGUGUAUAUUGUGACAUCGUACUUCGUGAAGCUGCGCGGCUUAGCCAACGGUCUUUGCAUCUCUGGCAGUGCCAUUGGCUCGAUCAUAUUGCCGCCCGUGCUGCGCUGGCUACUGGAGACCUAUGGGUAUCGUGGCUCCUGCUUGAUUAUGGGUGGCAUCACGUUAAACGUUUUGGUGGGCGCCUUGUUCUACGAGCCAGUGGAACAGCAUAUGAUUCGCGUGCCGCGCGCUCGCCAGGCGCUGGAGGACAUACCUGAGGAGGAGGACGUUGGCAUUGUUAUGAAGUUCGAGAAUGUGGACGAAACGGCGCCAAAUCAGGCUGAACUGGCCGAGAAGCAGCUGAUGCCCUAUAACUCGCCACCGUCGCCGCUCUACUUGCUGGACGAUGACAAACAGCAGUUCGUGCGCAGCGCCUCGGCCGCUGUGGUUCAGAGCUAUGCCAAGCCCGGCGAUGAAUUCCAGCCACGUGCCCGAAAGAUCAGCACACCAGUGCGACUGCCACAACGCAACCAGACAUUCACGCCCGGCCAAUUGAACUCACAGUCAUCGCUGUAUGCAGUGCCCGAGGGCCGUUCCAGUUCCCACAAGCUGGCCAUGCGCAACAGCUCGAGGAAUCGGCUGUCCAAGCGCUCGCCUUCGACCAGCAGUUUCUUGUAUAUUAGCACACCAUAUCACGGCAGCACGUUGUCGUUCCAACCCAAGGAGUUCUCGUCGCAUUUAUCGUUGCGUUCGGCUGGCAGUGCGGCGGCUGAGGCGGCGCCACAGGACGCCGGUGGUGCUGAUGAGACGGGUCAGGGCAAGGCGCCACAGAGCCAACGCAGCAAAUUCUUCGAUCUUAGCCUGCUGAAGGAUCCCAUGUACUUGGUCAUACUCAUCUCAAACUCAACGAAUGCCAUCAGCUACACGAAUUUCAUCAUUCUGUUGCCGGCCUUUGGCCUGGCCAGAAACUUCGACAAAUCCCUGUCCGCAUACUUGCUCUCGGUGGUUUCGGCAACUGAUCUAAUUGGUCGCAUCGGCGGCUCGGCGCUCUCCGACAUGGGCUUCAUACCCAAGACGUGGUACUUUGUUGGCGGCCUUUCCAUUUCGGGCGUUUCGCUAGCCUUGUUGCCGCUGGCCUACAGCUACGGUGCCGUCUGCUUCUGGUGCGCCGUCUUUGGGCUUGCAUCAGGCAUUUAUGUGGGUAUUACGGCUGUCAUCAUGGCCGAUAUGCUGGGCACGGAGCGCCUGACCUCGUCCUAUGGCAUCAGCCUGUUCGUCAAUGGCAUUCUGCAGCUGGUGGGACCGCCGCUGUGCAAUUGGUGGACCGAGGCGGUCAACAAUUAUAAUCCGCUCUUCCAUACGCUGGGACUGACACUACUUGCCGGCUCGGCCCUAUGGGCCUUCAUGCCAUGGAUACAGCGACGCAAAGCCAAAGAGGAGGAGAAGCUGGAGGCCCAACUAGACGAGGAGGCCAUCGAUGGCUACUAAGCCGUCCGGCUCUCACACCACGUACAAUUACGAUUAGUUCUUAGGCUUCAAAUGCGUACAAAGAGAGAACGAUAGAGAAC